UCGUUUUGGGGGCGGAGUGCACAAAUACCAUAAAACUAAAGAUAUUUCCGAUUUUUUUUCAUGAUUCCUAUUCCCUAUUCUCACUAGAACCUAAGCUAAAUCAUCACGAGCAACAUGGUUGAGUGGACAGAUGAAGAGCGCGCGGCCAUCUCCAACAUCUUCUCCAAACUAGACUAUGACGAAAUUGGCCAAAAGUCCCUGUCAAGGUGUCUGAUCGUGUACCCCUGGACCCAGAGGUAUUUCGGGGGCUUCGGCAACCUGUACAACGCAGAGGCCAUCAUGAACAACCCUAUGAUUGCUAAGCACGGCACCACGGUGCUGCACGGUCUGGACAGAGCUCUGAAGAACAUGGACGACAUCAAGAACACAUACGCCGAGCUGAGCGUUCUGCACUCCGAGAAACUGCACGUGGAUCCCGACAACUUUAAGCUGUUGUCUGACUGUCUGACCAUCGUCAUCGCUGGGAAGAUGGGCAACGCAUUCACCCCCGAAUAUCAGGCAUCCUUCCAGAAGUUCUUGUCAGUGGUGGUGUCUGCUCUGGGCAGGCAGUACCACUAGAGUCAGUCUCCAUAUAGCUGGCCGAGGAGACAGCCUGUGUGCUCAUGUGUUUCACUCUUCAAUGAAUAAAUAAAAUAAGCAUAUAAGCAUC